GCGGCUGCGGUUGCCGUGGAAACGGCGGGAAGUAACAACCCGGCUCCCUAGAGCUAAGCUUGGCCCGCAGAGGGAAGCAGGCGGCAGAGGGACAGCCGGGUCACCACGGUGCCAACAAGCCACAGCCUCGAGGGUCCGCAGGAGGCGACCCACGCCGCGAGGCCGCCGGCGCAGAGGCGGUGCCGGCCCGGUCCCCCGGGGAAGAUGAGCGGCCCGGGCGCCAAGUCCAGCCACCUGUCGCAGCCGGUGGUGAAGAGCGUGCUCGUGUACCGCAACGGGGACCCGUUCUUCGCGGGGCGCCGCGUCGUCAUCCACGAGAAGAAGGUGUCCAGCUUCGACGUGUUCCUGAAGGAGGUGACGGGCGGCGUCCAGGCGCCCUUCGGGGCGGUCAGGAACAUCUACACGCCGCGCACCGGCCACCGCAUCCGCAAGCUGGACCAGAUCGAGAGCGGCGGCAACUACGUGGCCGGGGGCCAGGAGGCCUUCAAGAAGCUCAAUUACUUGGACAUAGGAGAAAUGAAGAAAAGACCAAUGGAAGUUGUUAACACAGAGGUAAAACCAGUAAUCCACAGCAGGAUCCAUGUGUCAGCGCGCUUUAGAAAACCACUUCAGGAACCCUGCACGAUCUUCUUGAUUGCAAAUGGAGACCUCAUAAGCCCCGCUUCUCGCCUCCUCAUUCCCAGAAAAGCCUUGAGUCAGUGGGAUCACGUACUACAGAUGGUCACGGAAAAAAUCACGCUCAGGAGUGGGGCUGUCCACAGACUUUAUACUUUAGAAGGAAAGCUUGUUGAGAAUGGGGCGGACCUGGAGAACGGACAAUUUUACGUGGCUGUCGGCAGAGAUCGGUUUAAGAAAUUGCCUUACAGUGAGUUGCUUUUUGACAAGUCCACCAUGAGGAGGCCUUAUGGUCAGAAAGCUUCUUCACUGCCUCCUAUUGUAGGAUCCAGGAAGUCUAAAGGGAGUGGAAAUGAUCGCCACUCUAAGUCAACAGUCAGAUCCAGCGACAACUCAUCUCCUCAGCCUCUGAAAAGGAAAGGGAAGAAAGACGACGGGAAUUCAGAAAAACCCACCAAAGCGAAACAAAACAUAAAGUCGAAGAGUUCACAACAAACAGUUCUUAACAGCGAUGAAGGCAUUUUCAAAGCUGGAGCAGAGAGGUCUGAAAUGCGGGGGGCAGCAGAAGUCCAAGAAGAUGAAGAGACUCAGGUUGAAGUUCCAGUCGACCAGAGGCCAGCAGAAAUAGUUGAUGAAGAAGAAGACGGAGAGAAAGCAGAUGUGGAUGCAGAGCAGAAAGAACAUCCUUCCAGGGUGAGUGAUGGAGCUGCAGAUGAAGGAGGCAGGGAUGCUCCUGACACCCCAGAGCACCACGAGGAGGAGGCCAGUCCUGUCCAUGUAAAUGGAGGAACUGAUGAAGAAAAUGGAGAGGAGUUAGGCCACAUUAAAAGUGAGCUUCAGCCAGCAGUGAAUGAGGAACAGAAGUCUCCAGGACCUGACAGUGGACAGGAUGAGGCUGGUUUAGACCCUCAAGGACCGCCAAGACCAGAAGUAAAAAUCACCAGUCCUCAAGAAAAUGAAAACAAUGAACAAAAUAAGGACUAUGCUGUUGUUGCAUAGAUGAUUUUUAAAAAGCGAGUCUAUGGAUUAUAAGAGAAUGAAGGUUGUGAUACUUGAAUACUAAGCAUGGAUAUUGCUAAAACAUAAAAUGACAACAUGAUUGAAUGCUACCUGUUGAAUUUAAAAACAGAAGCCCGAGGGAAAGACUAGAUAACUUCUAGCAGAUACUAAAGGAGAAUGACUUAUUUCUGUGGCAUGUGUUUUUGACAGUUGAAGACUUAAGUAAAAAGGAUAGAAGAGAACUUGCCCUGGAAGAUAAUUGGUCAUUUAUAUUUUUAACCAUAAAAAAUAGAAUCAUUCCUAGUGCAUACUUUAGAAGAAGAUUAUUCAGUAGCAGUUUGCUGUAAAGCAUUUAUCUAAGAUAGCAUAGAAUUUUAAAGAACUGCUAACAGGACAGCAUAUGUUAUUUUCUUAAAGCAAUAAACUUGAAUGAACAAGUUGCAGUUUAGUUUCAGUGGUAAUUUGCAGAUAGCAAUAGAUAAAAAUAUUUCUAUAACUUGUCCACAUUCCUUUCCUCUUUUCUCUUUAGCUGAAAUCCACCUUAUAUGAGCUAGGAAGACAACAUAGUGUUCGUGUUGGCUAGAGGAAAAAUUCUUGCAGAGGACUAGUAGCUAAUGUCACCCUUCCCUGAAGAGUUUCCAAGCUCCACCUUAGAGCUGCAAGAGCACACACUCGAGAAGCAGGAUAAAGGAACCCCCAGUCCUAGUACUGGCUGGCUGGUUUGCAAAUUUUAGAAAUGCUACGGGUUUUCAUAGAUCCAUUCUAUUUGUACCAAUCAUUUUAAAGAGAGCAACAUAAGGCAAAGACUAGAUAACUUCUAACUAGAUAUCCUUUGCUUUCCUCUAAUGUUCUUGUAAUAGAAUACUUGAUAAUGGUUAUUCCAGAGAUUGAAUUUUCCUCAGGUUUUUUAAACAGAAAAAAGGCAACAUAUUAAGAAGAGGGAAAAGGGCCGUAAGAGGAGUUUGUUCCCGUCCAACUUCACUAGCUUUAUGCUUUAUUUCCAUGAGGGUUAUCUUGCGAAAUUUUUGCCUCUGGAGAUGUCAGCACUUACUUUCAUAGUUGGUGAUAUUUAAUCAUUCCAGUAGAUUCCUUCUUCUGUAAUUUAAAGCUCUCUGAUAGAAAUUGGUGAAAACAUUUUAAAAUUUGUCAUAAAGAAACCAGUUCCUGAUUGUCACUUUGUAGACUGAUUGAUAAUUUACUUUUGAGGUAUAUAUGGGAAAAAUGUAAUUGCAUUAACUUGGUGAUUAUUAGUAGAUCUUUAUCAUUCUGCAAUGCAGAAAUAAUAUAUUUUUCUCACCUUAAAGAAUAUAUUUUAAUUAUGUAGAAUUUAUAUGGAAAUUUUAACUUUUAGUACUUUUAUAAGAUUUAUUAUUAAUCAUAAACUUAAAAGACUUUUCCUCCUCCAGGUUUCAUAGCCAGCUUUUGAAAUCAAAACAGUUGGUGGUUAUAUAAAGCACAAAACAAAGCUAUAGAAAAUAGGUAUAUUUUUCCUAACAGCUAUUUUAAUGUUUUACACAAGUAGGAAGUAUGAGUAGAGAUUGUAAUGUAACAGUAUUUGAAAGGCAUAACGAUUUGUUAAUCUAGGAAAUCAACUGUGAGCAUGAUAUUUCUCAUAGAAAAUCUAGAUUCUGCUUUCUGCCAGCAGACUUACACUUUCAAAUGGGCAACAGGAAGCACUGUGUACCACAAGCAGCCAUCUUGUAUAGAGUGAGAAAUAGACCAGCUGGACUUUUAGUGUUAAAUUCCAGUGCUGCUAUUGAUCUGUCUUUAGGGAUUUUAAACAGUUUAUAAACAUAAAUGGUUAAGUAUAAGGAAUAUUAGCUGUCUCCAGGUGAUUCUUCUUUUUUCUUUUUUGGUCUUUUUUUUUUCAGUACUGGGGAUCGAACUCACAACUACACAGUUGCAAGGCAGGCGCUUACGCCACUGAGCUAAAUCCCCAACCCUGAUUCUUCCUUUUCUUUAAUGAACAGUUUUCUACUUUCUCUUUUCUCCUUUCAUAAUUUCCCCUUUUUUCCUUCUUGUUCUUUUCUUAAUUAAUAAUAAAUCUUAGGUUGUAAGGAACUCCUGAUGAGUCAUCAUUUUAAUGAAUUACAACAUUGAUGUCUUACAGGAAAAUAAAAUUUGAAAUUUGAAUUCAAGAAGUUAAUAGGCCACAAGAAUUAGGUCAAAAAUUUUAAAUGAUGGAUGUGUUGUUUUCUUGUUUGUACAUGUUGUAAUACCUGUUGCUGGGAAGAAAUUGUGACCACCUACAAUGAGCUAAUGAGAAACAAUAUGCUACUUUAAAAUAAGUUGCAAGCAUAUCACUGCAACUAUAAAUAAAUGACAUAGGUAACCCAAGCAAACAAGAAAUCAUGUACAGAGAAUUACAUUGUGGACAACACUUGGGAGAUGACUUUGUCAUAAAUGAUGAAAGCCAAUUCAUGCCCCCAGUGUUGCAGUUUUCUCUGAGGAAAUGUAGUCUCUGUGGGAGGCUGGCUGGCAGAUCUGGGAACCAUUUAUGUGAGAUGAUGGAGAGAUCUUGGUUAGGCUUCAGGUAUUGCUUUAUAUAGAAAAGGUGCUAUGUAAAACUUAUGUUGCCAUCACAUAAUAACCAAUAUAAUGCUUUGAGACAUUAGUUUUUGUGAUGUUGUAUAUGUAGGUUUCCUAGUUUUAAUUUUGUAUAACUACCUUAUUAAGUUUAUUCGGAUUUUUAAGGCACUUAUAAUCAACUGGGUUGUCAGCAGAAAUGGGACAUUAGGAAUUUUGCAGAACAAAUAAAAGAAGAUUAUGACUAAAGACAUUUUCAGGCUGCAAAUAUGUUACUUCAGGCUGUUGGUUUAGCUUCUGUGAAAGUUGUUAUUGAGUGCCCACUGACUUCCAGUUAUAAAAUAUGAUACCAUCACUAGGGAAAGCUUUUACUCAUUGGUUUUUCUCUGUGUUCAUAGAAUGACUUUUUAUUUGAUUUUUUUCCUUAGCAUUUUUUGGGACUAUGAUGAAGCCAGGCUCACAGGAAGGGUACAAUCUUUCCUUCCCUCUUCUUUUAUUCUGAAGGUGAUCAUUCCUGCUCUGUGGGUAAAACUAAGCCAUCUCAUAUAUAUGACUCAGAUUGGUCAGGUGCCAGUCAGUUGGGAAGCUAGAUCAAUUAAUGUGAAAUUAUUAAUAUUAACACUUCCUUUACCUAUUAAACAACUCUCCUAAACAGUUAGCUUCAAACUUUGUUUGCCCAAGACGUGGCAAAAGCAAAGUUAUAUAUGUAGAAUAAUUGCUGAACAGAAAGCAUCACAUCAGAAGGUUUGCCAAGCUGUACAGAAAUGUAAUGCAUAGGUGAAUAUCCAGUACUUACAUGGGUGUGCAUACACAAUUUAAACAUUAAAAACUCCUCUUUAAGCACAGCAUUAUUAAUAGAGUACAGUUCUUUGAGUUGAAGUUGAAAGAAGCAGUGUGUAAAAAUAUGGAGCAAAACACUAAGAAAUGACACAUAUUAUGGUGCUUUAAAUAUUAAAAAAUUAAAUUAAAAACAUUUAAUUUUUUUCUCAAAAUAAGAGUUAUCAGCAUUUUAGUGAAAAAAUGCAUUUUAGGAAGAGAUGUUAAAAUAUAUUUAAAGUUUCACUUAAAAAUAGACAUACCUACUUUUUCUCUGAGGUGAUUUCAGAGCAGGUUCUGGCACACAGAGCACAGCAUACUUUAGAUGCAAAAUAUUUCAUACCAGCACAGGUCCUAUCAAAAAGCUAAUCACUGCUGGUGAAUGUAUGUGUGUGUGUGCAUAACUUACCUGAAAAUAUCUGGAACUCUUCUUGGUCCUAAGUAGCCAGGUGCACCACAAAUAGAUUGAGUUGGUCCAUUAGUUUAUAUAACAGUGCAGGAACAGUUUAGCUUUCUUGUGUGAAUGCAGUGUCUUGGAUUGGAAUCUUUUUUUUUAAAGGUUAACUUAUUUUUCACUGGCAAUAAGUGAUGCAGUUCUUUAUUACUGAAUAUAAGUUUUAUAAAUAUCACAAGAUUUUUCCUUUAAAAACUCUUGUGUGGGGAUGGGUCUGCAUUUUAUUCUUCCCACAGAAAACUCUUGUAGUCUUUCCUAUGAAGUUUGAGUGACAGAUGAAGAAUGAAAGGGUCCCUAUGUGUUGAUGAAGAAAAAUAAUAUUACUUUUGAUGAGGCAUAACAUCUGGAGGAGAAGAGGGAGAAGGAAAGAAUUUAAAAAUGUCUGGAUAACAAUAAAGAAUUUAUGAAAUCAGGAGGUAACUAAUGGAACUCCAUUGACUUAUGCCAACAGUGAUUUAGCUUUAGUCUUUGAAUGGGAUUAAAUGAAUUCUCUGCAGCUUCAUCAGUUUGAAUCAUAUAGUGUAAAUGAGUGUUUCAGUUAUUGCCACAAAUACAAUGGUAUAUGGGAAAAGGGAGGGACUGUAGUUGAUUUUGGAAGUUUGGAGAAAGCCUAUUUUGUAGUUUCACUCUAUUGUUUGCCUUGUAUCUUAAAUCUUUAAUAUGUACAAUAAUACUGUGUAAUUAUUGAUUUUAUAAGUGAAGAUUAAGUUGAGCUCAUUUUUUAUAGGAUUUGUUAUGUUUAGAAUGUCUGCUCAUAAACAAAAUUAUUUUUAUAUCAAAUUAUAAGCAUUUAGGUUUUACUUCCAUAUCAGUGCAUGCACUAAGUUGCAAAAGUUUACUGUAUCUUGUGAGUAAAUAGAUCUGCAUUUUAUGUAAUUAAAAUGUGCUUGGUUUAUGGUUUUUUUUAUGAUGUGUUGCUCAUAUUUCAUGUAUUCUUUUCAUGGUAUUUCUCAUGAACACAAUAGAAACAUUUGAGUUAUGUGGAAAUGUAGUGCAUUAAAAGAUACUUGUUUUUAUUUAGCAGAAAUGAGUCAUGUGCAAAUGUAGUACAUUAAAAGAUACUUGUUUUUAUUUAGCAGAAAUGAAGCUUCAUUAUGUAUUUUUUAGUUUCAUAUACAUGUUGUUUAUUUGAUAAAAAUCAGAUAUAUUUGAACAUUAUUUCUUUUAUGAAACAUUCUUAUGCAAACACAGGUCCAAAUUUUUAAGAUAAAUAAAGGAAUCUGUAAAAACAGACACUAGAUCAUAUACAUUGCACACAUUUUAUGUACAUAAAUUCCUGGGAAUAAAUUCAAAAUUUUACAAAGGAUUUGGCUAACAUUCUGCAUCAGUUUGUAAGAUACUCACCUCUUUUAUUCUACUGAGUUUAAAUAGUUUUGUUUUCCCUUCCACAUUUAAGAAGCAAAACCAGUUAAGCACAAAAUCCUCAGGCUCUGAAACCUGUAACCAUGAAGUUUAUUAGCAACCUCUUCUUUGGUCUACGACCAGUUCAUCUCUGUCAUUUCCAAAAGUAAAUCACAAACCUCAGCAAAAAAGGAAUCAUCUCAGUUAUCAGAGUCUGAUCUCUGUAGACCACACGGUUAAUUUACAUUAGAAACUUUUCACAACUAGCGAUGACUGUAUUUUUAUAAGGUAUUGUAAAAUCAGAGCAGGCAUUUAUUAUUUUAUUUUUAUUUGUGAAAAUAAACAUUUAGCUUUCCUGCA